UUUUCAUUGCUCUUUUUUGGGCGAAAAAUCCGAAGAAUUUCUUGCAAUCCAGGUUGAACUAGUGAGUAUUUGGUGUAGCCUUUCUCUCAUUGAAGACAAAGGCAUAUACUUCUCACUAACAUUUAAAGGCUUGGAGCAUGGGGGCUUUGUUGUGUUGUUUCCGUGUACAGGAAGCACCCGAACAGCGGGAAUCACCUGUUCGUCGACGUAUCUGCCCCCCUUUGAACAGCUUUGUUCAACCAUUUAGAAAUGGGUACAUUUCACUAUUCCAAAGCGGAGACGUGCAUGUUGUGCCUUUACCUGCUGGGAGAGCAAGCCCUUCGGCUUUUACCAGCAGAGAUGCAGACUAUUCUGCUAUUGAUUCAUUCCAUCCUCCUCCGAGACCUCUGGCUUUUGAUGAUCCUCGAUUCUCAGCACAUCAUGAUGAUGUAUCUCUCUCACAGCGUGACAAGUUUUCAAGCCAAUCUCAUGAGGAUACUCAGUCACUGAGAGGUUGUUGCAAUGAACCCUGUUCUGAAACAGGGAGAGAAGUCAAGACUGAUGGAUCUAAAUGUGGAGUGAAAUUAUAUUGUUCUGAUUUACCACAAAAGCGUUCUCCAGAGAAAAAGAUAAGUGGAUCUGCAUACUAUUUUUGUCCGACUGAAGAUGAAGAUGUUUGUCCAACAUGUCUUGAAGAAUAUACUCCUGAAAACCCGAAGAUAACACUGCAAUGUUCCCAUGAUUACCAUCUAAGUUGCAUAUAUGAAUGGAUGGAGAGAAGUGAAGCUUGCCCAGUCUGCGGAAAGAUAAUGAUGUUCGUGGAAACGUAAUGAUCGAUCUCAAUCUCAGCAUCGAAAUGUUAAUAUUGUGAAGAAUUCCAGACUGAUAUGUUGCUUGGUGUAAAUCUUUCUUUUGACUUUGUACAUAAGCUUCAUUUUCAAUGGUUCAGUGGUUAUUUUUUUUAUUUAUUUAUUUAUUUUUGGUGUGAGGAAAGUUAAAUUGUUUAUUUGAGUCAUAAUUUGGUCAAAUUCACUCUGUAUAUAUAAAUACAGUAACAAAAAUUUGGUGAAAUUUGUAGUGUUUCU